AUGAUCGGAGUGUGGAAUAUUAGGGGCCUUAAUGACCCCAUCAAGCAUGCAGAGGUAAGGAAGUGGAUUUUUGAUUAUAAGUUAUCUCUGUUUGCUAUUUUUGAGACUAGGGUGAGGGAUAUUAAUAUUGAUAAAGUGUGGAGGAGUUUAAGCCUGAGAGGAUGGAAGAUGCUGAACAAUAUUGAGUGUAAUGAUUUGGGGGGAAUCUGGAUUUGUUACAAGGUUGAUGUAGGCGUUAAUUAUGUUUUCAAGUCUAGUCAGGUGAUGCAUUGUGAUGUUAGUUGUGAGGGCAAAAAGUUCAUGUGUUCCUUCAUUUAUGGCAUGAAUGAUGCUGAUGGUAGAAAGCAACUAUGGAGGGAUUUGUUUAGUAUUUCCAAGGAGAAUGAUAGUCCCUUGAUAGUAUUGGGAGAUUUCAAUGCCAUUUUGAGUAAUGCUGAUAGAUGUGGGGGUAUUUUAGCUAAUCAGAAGCAGUGUGAGGAUUUCCAGAACUUUUUGACAGAGGCUAACCUUAAUGAGUUGAAAUCGAAGGCCUCCUUUCUAAAUCAUGGCAUCUCUGAUCACUCUCCUGUGAUUAUUACGUUUAAUGAGCCAGUUAGGGUGAACUGCAAACCUUUUAGGUUUUUCAAUAUUUGGACAGAGCAUAAAGACUUCCUUGAAACAGUCAGAGAUAGUUGGUAUAGUCCUACUGAUGGCUUUAAGAUGUAUCAAAUUGUCCAGAAACUUACUAGAUUGAAGAGGGUGUUGAGGAAUCUAAAUAGAGAUAGCUUCAAUAAUAUUUGUAUGCAGGUUGAGAUGACUAAAAAGGAGUUAGAUAGUAUUCAAGUGCAGAUUCAAAGGGACCCUUUGAACAACCAGCUACUUGAAGAUGAGAGAUUAAAAGCUGCUGUUAUGAAGAAAGUCCUAAAAUGGGAGGAAAAUUUCUUUAGACAAAAAUCUAGAGUUCAAUGGAUUGAGCUUGGAGAUUUGAAUACUAGAUUUUUCCACAAUUCCAUGAAGCAAAGGCAAAGUAGUAAUAGAAUUUCUCAGUUGAAUGUAGAUGGUGAAGUUGUCAAAGACCAGGGCAGUAUUACUAACAGAGAGUGUGUUUCUGAGAUUGAUAGAAAGAAGAUGGUGGAUCCAGUUACUAAUGAGGAGAUUAAAUCAGCUAUGUUUAGAAUUGGGUCUGACAAGGCACCUGGUGCAGAUGGCUAUAUGAGUCUUUUCUUUAAGAAGUGCUGGUCAGUUAUUGGAGGUGAUAUUUGUGAGGCCAUCAGAGACUUCUUCAUGUCUGGUAAGCUUCUAAAGCAGAUUAAUGCAACUAUUAUUACUCUUAAUCCUAAAGUAGAGAAUGCUUUGCUUUUGAGUGACUUUAGACCCAUCUCUUGUUGUAAUGUCAUUUCAAAUGCAUUACCAAGAUUAUUGAAAGUAGAAUGA